AUGCAAGUACGGGUAAAAUGCAAGUACGGGGAAGGACGCAAGUACGGGGAAGGACGCAAGUACGGGGAAGGACGCAAGUACGGGGAAGGACGCAAGUACGGGGAAGGACGCAAGUACGGGGAAGGACGCAAGUACGGGGAAGGACGCAAGUACGGGGAAGGACGCAAGUACGGGGAAGGACGCAAGUACGGGGAAGGACGCAAGUACGGGGAAGGACGCAAGUACGGGGAAGGACGCAAGUACGGGGAAGGACGCAAGUACGGGGAAGGACGCAAGUACGGGGAAGGACGCAAGUACGGGGAAGGACGCAAGUACGGGGAAGGACGCAAGUACGGGGAAGGACGCAAGUACGGGGAAGGACGCAAGUACGGGGAAGGACGCAAGUACGGGGAAGGACGCAAGUACGGGGAAGGACGCAAGUACGGGGAAGGACGCAAGUACGGGGAAGGACGCAAGUACGGGGAAGGACGCAAGUACGGGGAAGGACGCAAGUACGGGGAAGGACGCAAGUACGGGGAAGGACGCAAGUACGGGGAAGGACGCAAGUACGGGGAAGGACGCAAGUACGGGGAAGGACGCAAGUACGGGGAAGGACGCAAGUACGGGGAAGGACGCAAGUACGGGGAAGGACGCAAGUACGGGGAAGGACGCAAGUACGGGGAAGGACGCAAGUACGGGGAAGGACGCAAGUACGGGGAAGGACGCAAGUACGGGGAAGGACGCAAGUACGGGGAAGGACGCAAGUACGGGGAAGGACGCAAGUACGGGGAAGGACGCAAGUACGGGGCCAGACGCAAGUACGGGGCCAGACGCAAGUACGGGGCCAGACGCAAGUACGGGGCCAGACGCAAGUACGGGGCCAGACGCAAGUACGGGGCCAGACGCAAGUACGGGGCCAGACGCAAGUACGGGGCCAGACGCAAGUACGGGGCCAGACGCAAGUACGGGGCCAGACGCAAGUACGGGGCCAGACGCAAGUACGGGGCCAGACGCAAGUACGGGGCCAGACGCAAGUACGGGGCCAGACGCAAGUACGGGGCCAGACGCAAGUACGGGGCCAGACGCAAGUACGGGGCCAGACGCAAGUACGGGGCCAGACGCAAGUACGGGGCCAGACGCAAGUACGGGGCCAGACGCAAGUACGGGGCCAGACGCAAGUACGGGGAAGGACGCAAGUACGGGGAAGGACGCAAGUACGGGGAAGGACGCAAGUACGGGGCCAGACGCAAGUACGGGGCCAGACGCAAGUACGGGGCCAGACGCAAGUACGGGGCCAGACGCAAGUACGGGGCCAGACGCAAGUACGGGGCCAGACGCAAGUACGGGGCCAGACGCAAGUACGGGGCCAGACGCAAGUACGGGGCCAGACGCAAGUACGGGGCCAGACGCAAGUACGGGGCCAGACGCAAGUACGGGGCCAGACGCAAGUACGGGGCCAGACGCAAGUACGGGGCCAGACGCAAGUACGGGGCCAGACGCAAGUACGGGGCCAGACGCAAGUACGGGGCCAGACGCAAGUACGGGGCCAGACGCAAGUACGGGGCCAGACGCAAGUACGGGGCCAGACGCAAGUACGGGGCCAGACGCAAGUACGGGGCCAGACGCAAGUACGGGGCCAGACCCAAGUACGGGGCCAGACCCAAGUACGGGGCCAGACCCAAGUACGGGGCCAGACCCAAGUACGGGGCCAGACCCAAGUACGGGGCCAGACGCAAGUACGGGGCCAGACGCAAGUACGGGGCCAGACGCAAGUACGGGGCCAGACGCAAGUACGGGGCCAGACGCAAGUACGGGGCCAGACGCAAGUACGGGGCCAGACGCAAGUACGGGGCCAGACGCAAGUACGGGGCCAGACGCAAGUACGGGGCCAGACGCAAGUACGGGGCCAGACGCAAGUACGGGGCCAGACGCAAGUACGGGGCCAGACGCAAGUACGGGGCCAGACGCAAGUACGGGGCCAGACGCAAGUACGGGGCCAGACGCAAGUACGGGGCCAGACGCAAGUACGGGGCCAGACGCAAGUACGGGGCCAGACGCAAGUACGGGGCCAGACGCAAGUACGGGGCAAACGGGGGCAGACGGGGGCAAAACGCUAAGAUGGGCAAAACGCUAAGAUGGGCAAAACGCUAA